AUGGGGGAGCUCGCAAAACUAAAUCGAAUAUACCAUUUCUGGCCAUUCCGCUCGGAAUGCGCUAUAUUGAAGAAGACACAGAAUAUACCCUACAUUCAGUGGAGCGCGAACGAGCACUUGCGUGUCAUCGCGGAAAUCGGCGCAAAGGCAAAUUACAAGGUUUUGUUUGGUGAAAAGAUCAGCAUGAGGUGCAUCAUUCACAGCCGAAGGCGUCGUCAACCCAUCCAGCCCUUCAACGCACCCCUCAAAUCCUCCCCCUCCUCACUCCCACAGCUCAAACGCACCCAGGGUGCAAAGAUAGAAAACUCGGUGUGCAUUAAGACCGUGAAAUUUCAUGCGCAUUGCGAGAGUUUUGGCACCGCGCUGGGCGAGCCAACAGUCAAAUGCGCUCGGGAGGAGUCGGUAGGAAACGGAGCUUUUGCGCGAGCCAUUACUUUCUUAUGGAAUACUGCCGGUAUGAUGAUGCUGACAGCACCACCGUUUAUUUUACCGUACUAAUGACCUCCCAGCCUGGUGGCUGGCGUGCGUCACUGCAUUACACACGCUUCUCACGCUGUCCAGAGCUGGGAAUAUCCUUUCGCUCCCCUUUGCUCUACGCUCCUUCGAUGUACGUUGUCGUUGACGAAAGUAUAGUUCAUGAUUGUCUAUGCCGUUUGAUACAUAUUGGGAUCAAUGCAUUCUAUGUCUCGCGAGCUUGACUGAUAUGAGAACGAUACUACGAAACCAAUAUCCUGGUAUGAUUAUGCGCAUUCUGAACGAGAC